AUGGCAUACAAUAGCCACAUUUCUAGCCCUAUGCCGGGUUUCACAGUCAAGCAGACCACAUCCUUACAGGCCAUAAUCAAUGCAUCCGUCAAAGCAGCAAUUAAACAGGCUAUCAGUCAGGCUAUAACAGCCUUCGAGACCAGACAGAUUGUUACUCAGGAACAGUCAAUUGUGAAGAAAACUGCGGAGAAAACUGCGGAGAAAACUGCGGAGAAAUCUACGGAGAAAUCUACGGAGAAGACUACGGAGGAGAAAAGCAUCGCCAGCAGUCCUAUUCAAGCCGGCACACUCUCCACUAUUCCACACCAGGCUACUAUGCAUUAUUGCGGAGAGUCUCCCAUUCGCCUCAGUAACGCUCCACUUCUCGCCUCUCUUCUCGCCUCUCUUCUCGCCUCUCUUCCUCGUCUCUCUUCUCGCCUCUCUACCCGGCUACAUUCACUACGCGGGAGGUAUGGAGGCUAUAGGCCAAGGAUAGGUGUUUCAGAGAAGAUCCAGGAGAAGUAG